UUUUUAGGAAAACAUUUAUCUUUUGUCAAACUAGCUCACACCCCAUUUGAACUAAUUCACCCUGACUCGAUCCAUGUAUGAGAGUAUAUCAUAUAGACAAUUCAUUCAGAAUAUCUGAAAUUGGUUAAGAACUGUUAUUUCAGGCUUAUUUGUAAUGUAAGGACUCUGAUAGAAAAUAAUGGAUGGCAGCAAAAGCCGACACAAAGCUUGUUCCACUUUUCAAACAUGAGUAUCUGUUCAUAUGCUACAAAAUAAAGCUAAAUUAAAAAAAAUGUUGUAUAUCUACUACUAAUAGUUAACCAAUAAACAUAGUAUAUGAUGUCAUGUUGCUAUCCUUUUUGAAAACUAAAACACUGCACCUGUGCUGAAGACAAAAUGGCAAAUAAAAUUGUACUUUUAUAUUUUGCGAGGAUCAAAACCAAGACUAUCUGAGGGUAUUAUGAAUGAAAUGCAGAAAGAUAGGCAGCUAAGCUAAAAUCCAGUUAAGAUCAUUUAAGUUUCAUAAAUAUUUGUUCAUACAUCUGCUGCAACUGUAUUAUGUAUUUUGCCAGGUUCAUGUAUCUGGAGUUAACAUUUUUCAGCAGGCUAGUGUAAUGUUCCCCAUUCAACAGUUCAAAGGAAUAACUAUUACAGGUUUUGAUGCAUACAUGAUAACUAUCAAACCUGUAUUUAAAUGUUUUACAUCUGUAAAUCUCUCAAUCACACGUUACUAACUCUGCUUUCUCCCCGGAGUCCUUUUGACUUCACGUCUCAUGGGGUCAUCGGACCCUAUGAGACGACAUUGAUCCUAUCUGCCUGAUGGAUCAUCGAGGUCUGGGUCGUGGAAUUCCUGCUACCGACGACGCCACUGUCCUGUUGAGACUCCACCCACUGUUGAGACUCCGCCCACUGUUGAGACUCCGUCCACUCCGCCUCCCCACCGCCAUCUGCCUGAUGGAUCGUGGAGGUCUCCAUCGUGGAAUAAGCCUACUAUGAACUAUUCAUACACUCUGUCAUAUUCAUUGAAUGUAUUUUAACUCUAAAUCUGUCCUUCUGUACACAUUACAUCUAUUGCAUCUGUCCAUCCUGGAGAGGGAUCCUCCUCUGUUGCUCUCCUGAAGGUUUCUUCCCUUUUUUUCCCCCUGAAGGGUUAUUUGGGAGUUUUUCCUGAUCCGAUGCGUGGUUUUGGGGCAGGGAUGUCUAUGUGUACAGAUUGUAAAGCACUCCGAGACUAAUUUGUAAUUUGUGAAAUUGGGCUAUACAAAUAAACUGAAUUGAAUUGAAUCAAAUCCUAACGCGAGAGUAGGGGGCGGGGCAUCACUGCCUGAGAGUUCAACUCUGGGCUCUAAACCCGUUUCCACCUGCUGCCCGUCAGCAAGUUAAUGGCUAAACCUCUACCUGCGGCCCGGAAGUUACACACAGCUGGAGAGAGAAAGUGUUUCAGAAACAGGCGCAAAGCCCGAACAAGUAUCAAAGCGAGUCUCUCCUCGAGCUCAAACCGUCUCCCCUGACCGUAGAGAGAUUGGUAGCGGCAGAGCGGCGAUGGACCGAUACAGGUAUUUCAUUUUCAACCAGAAGAGCGUGCUCGGCCUCGGUAUUCUCCAGCUGGCUUGUGCGGGUCUUUGUGUGGUGUGUGGGUUCAUAGACGCUGUUUUCCGCAUCGACACCCCGCUGAGUACCACCAGGACACCGGUGUGGGGAGGACUGGUCAUGGCCUCUCCAGGUGUACUGGCGCUGUUUGCCUCCCAACGGAAAAACUCCAUACUGGUGAGUGUGAUGGUGGUAGCAGCCGGACUCUCCUGUGUGGCCGCAGUGUUUAUAUCAGGUUACUCCUGUCUGACACUGACCUACGGGGAGGAGGAUAAAGAGGUCUUCCACCACCACGAUAGUCCUCAAGUGACGUUGGUGCUUCAUCGGAUGGUAAAGGGGGCCAACGCCACCAUACUACUGACCUGCACCAUCUGCCUGGCUCUCUCCUCUCUCGUGGCCUACGUGGGCUGCCGUAGUCUUCCAUGCUGUGGCUGCUAUGAUGCCCGAACCGGAUUGGAGACGCUUGUUCCUGAGUGUGACCCAGGUGACACCGAGAUGGUUUGUACAUGGCAAGCAGGAGGUGACAACAGUCUUUUCAACUGUCCUGCUCAGCCCACUGACCAGGGCAUCAAGGAGGAUGAGGGUCCCUCCAAACUGCUUCCAUAUAGCAGAAUGACCUGGCACACAUCCACAGAGAGACUUGUCUGACACAUUCUUAUUUUAGUUUUUUUCAAUUCAAUUCAAUUUAUUUUGUAUAGCCCAAAAUCACAAAUUCCCCUCAGAAAACUUUACAAUCUGAACACAUACGACAUCUCUGUCCCAGGACCUCAGAUGAGAUCAGGAAAACUCCCCAAAAAACUGGAAAAAAACUUUCACAGGGGAAAAAAAAGGAGAAACGUUUAGGAGAGCAACAGAGGAGGAUCCAUCUCCCCAGAUGUACAGAAGCAAUAGAUGUCAUGUGUGCAGAUUUGUUAUUUGUUUUCUCCAUUCCAGAGAAGAGGGGGGUGGAUUAUGUUUCCUUAUAGCUUUGCCUUCACCUUUCUUAAUCUUUGGAUGGAGUGAAUAUUGUGAUUCAAGUUGUUUGUAUUCUUGAUUAGUCCGAACACUUUGGGCCUUGGUUUCUUCUUGACCAAAGCUUUCUGUAGCCAAAAUCAUUUAAACCUCGCCAGAGUUGAAUACAUGUUCAUGAAUUAAUUGAAUGCCUAAUUCACUGAAUGCUAAGUGCAAGUUAGCUAUGUUCACAAUAUAUGAAUCCAAGAUAUUGUGUAUUUAAAAUAAAACUUUUUUUCAAGAGA